CAUUGCGUUGUCAAUUCAGUACUAUAUUGUAAUGGUUAGGGGCUAGUUGUACGACAGACUUGACCUCAAUUGAAUGCAUGUACCGCGCUCUUUUAACUGUCGCGCGUGAAGCUUAGAAAAAAAUUACAGAUAAGCCGUCUGAAGACGGCCCUAGAGCAAACAGUCAUAUCUGUCAGUUGACUUUUAGGUUUUAACAGCAAACAAUAUUGUAACGGCUAGUCCGCUCUGGGUUCGUUCAUUUUUUAAGUUUUUGAGUUUUGUUCCGUAAAAAAUGGUGAUAUGACGUAUCGGUGUGCCUGCGGAUAUGCAAAGAUAACGGACGGUUUUUUACUGAAGUUUAAGACAGAAGAUACUAUCCACCGAAACGAUUCGUUGAGACCAACAUGAAAAAUGCUUGCAAUAUCUUUGGAAACCACAGUCAUAUUUUUUCUCGUGUUGGGAAAUGGUUGUUCAACACCAGUGGUGGAAUACGAUAAAAGCCUACGGUACGAGGAGUACACCAUAGAACACGAAAUAUCGUCGACACAAGCCAGGAAUUCGGCUCUCACUACAGACCUGGAGUCGAUUGUUCCAGCUCCUGGAUGUCAAGAAUGCACCUACGAGGAGAAAAGAUACUGUUUAGGAGCUGACUUUAUUAAUGAUCACUGUUGUUGCGACAAGCGCUAUGAGCUUUUACCAUAUGUUCCGCACACUUGCUAUUUUGGAAAUCAACUUUGUACACCUGUAAUGAGCAGUUGUGACCAAUACAGUCGAUUGCGUAUCUGUUGCUGUGAUAAAUUUGUACUAGAAAAGUGGAAGGAAAAGUUUAAAAACUCAGGCUGCAAAACAACCAGCAGAAUCAUUUUCACACUUAUUUUAAGUCAGAUUGUAUAUAUGUUUGUAAAUUAUUUUAUCGUUUAGCAAAGCUACUAGAUAUACACUGUAUAUUAACAAAUUUAUGGGGUAUUUAAAAUGCUGUAAAUGUCUUUAUUUGAA